AUGGAUGGCAAUAAUCAGAUGGCUCCUGCGCUUGGGGGAGAAGCUCCUGUGGAUGGGGGUGACUGGAGAGCUACACUGCAGGCGGCGUCACGGCAAAGAAUCGUGAACAAAAUAAUGGAGAAAAUUAUGAGGCAUAUACCUUAUUCUGGCCAUGAGGCUGAGGGGCUACAAGAACUGAAGCAAAUCGCUGUACGGUUGGAAGAAAAUAAUUAUACUGCUGCAACUAGUCAGUCUGAUUAUCUGCGCAAGAUAUCUAUCAAGAUGCUCACAAUGGAGAACAAAUCACAGAAUUCUAAACCCAAUUCGUUGCUGCCUAGCUCAGCAGGCACUGUCAAUAAGCUCCCUAAUCCAGGAGCUGGGACGAUGAUGUGUGUACAUUGUAAAAGGAAAAUGCCAGAAGUGGACAGCGAGCCAUUCCUGGAAUUAGGAACCAGUAACAAUAAGGCAAAGAAUGUCCAGGAAGCCAUAUGCCCAGUCCCAACACAAAAAGAAUCCAUCUUCAGUUGCCCUAUAUGCAUGAAUGAUCUGGUCGAGCCAACAUCCACAAAAUGUGGCCAUAUCUUUUGUAAAGAGUGCUUAAGAAAAUCACUAGCAUCCUUCGACAACAAGUGCCCUACCUGCACGCAGAAGGUUGGUAAACGUGGCUUCUUCAGAGUCUACCUUCCCACCACAAACUGA